AUGGCACCGGACCCUGAGAAUCCCUUAGCACCCUUCCGCAAGCUGGGUCCUUCAGUCUAUAUACAAAACCCAACAGACACAACUACGGAAGAUGAUCGGCCACUGAUCUUCAUUGCCUUCUGGAUGAACGCCCCACCCCGCGCGCUCGCCAAGUACGUGGUUGAAUAUAGACGCAUAGUACCAUCAGCCCGAAUCAUUUUCAUCCGCAGCUCGUCAAAUGACUUCUUUUUCCGCUCCACGGCCAGCGCGCAGCAGGCCCGAGUUGCGCCUGCGGUGGACGCACUUCGCGCUUCUGUGAACCCUGAAAACCCCGUGUUUAUGCACGUAUUCUCCAAUGGCGGUCUCUUCCGUACCACCCACCUGUUGAAGGCGUACCGCAACGCAACCGGAAACUCGUUGCCGAUUUCCUCGAUGAUUGUGGAUAGCGCCCCAGGCACCGCGAGUACUGCUGCUGCAAUGAGAGCCUUUUCCUUUGCGCUGCCCAAACUGUGGAUCUUGCGCUUGCUAAGCAAGAGCGCCUUGUGGGUAUCUUUGAUCCUCAUCAAGGCUUUUCAGACUCUCACCCGGUCUCCAGAUGCCAUCAGCCUUGCCCGCGAGGCGAUCAAUGAUACUGCGCUUGUGCAAGCUGCCAAUGCUAAGGGCGUCCCCACGCGCUGCUAUAUCUACUCCGACACGGAUGAUCUGGUUGAUUGGCGUGAUGUGGAAAGACACGCGUCUGAGUCGGAAGCAUCCGGCUGGGCGGUUCGUCGUGAGAAAUUCCAAGGAACGCCGCAUGUUGGCCACAUGAGAGCGCAGCCGGAGCGGUACUGGUCCAUCGUUAAGGAAUAUCUGGAAGCGGCUGAAGCGGCAUGA